GAUGCAUGAAAUUCGAAGACCGUCAAUGAAAGAGAAAAUGGCAGACGGAGCUGGAUUUGAAACCAAAACACAUGUUUUUUUAUGAUGCGCGAUAUAUCUUAUUUGUGCUAAGAUAUUAUCCUGAUCUAGUGUAUUUCAAUUGGAAGUUCAAAAAUGACUUCUAAUGAAAAGCAAUUUGGUAUCACAUCACCAAUUUCUUUGGCCGGACCAAAACCAAUAGAUCAGGAACUCACCAAGUCUCUUGAAGAAACAUUAAAAGAAUAUGGUGUUUUUGAAACACAAGAAGAAAUACAGCACAGAAUGGUGGUUCUUGGGAAGUUAAAUAAGCUUGCCCUGGAAUGGAUUGUCAAAACAUCUCUAUCCAAGAAUAUGCCUGAAUCUGUUGCGAAAAAUGUUGGUGGAAAGAUCUUUACUUUUGGCUCCUUUAGACUUGGAGUACAUACAAAAGGUGCUGACAUUGAUACCUUGUUGGUUGCCCCAAGACAUAUAGAGAGAUCAGAUUUCUUCAGCUCGUUUUAUGAGUUUUUGAAGGAAAGAGAGGAAACAAAAGAGUUAAGGGCUGUGGAAGAGGCAUUUGUACCUGUUAUAAAAAUGAAAUUUGAUGGUAUUGAGAUUGAUUUAUUAUUCGCUCGACUUGCUCUUACUACAAUACCUGAAGAUCUGAAUCUAUUGGAUGAAAGCUUAUUAAAAAAUUUGGAUGCACGUUGUGUCCGAAGUUUAAACGGUUGUCGUGUUACUGAUGAAAUAUUGCAUCUGGUUCCAAAUAUUCCAAAUUUUCGCUUGACACUGAGAACCAUUAAACUUUGGGCAAAAAAUCAUUUAAUAUAUUCCAAUGUCCUUGGAUUUCUUGGUGGUGUAUCCUGGGCCAUGUUGGUGGCACGUAUUUGUCAAUUAUACCCCAACGCAGUUGCUGCAACUUUAGUACAAAAAUUCUUUCUUAUAUAUUCAAAAUGGGCAUGGCCACAGCCAGUUCUCCUGAAGCAAAUGCCUGCAGAAAACAAAUUAAACUUUCCAAUAUGGGAUCCAAGGCAAAAUCCACAGGAUCGCUCUCACCUAAUGCCAAUUAUAACACCAGCUUUCCCUCAACAAAAUUCGACUUUUAAUGUUUCAAUGUCAACACGAACUGUGAUGCAAGAAGAAUUCAAAUCAGGAUUCCAUAAAAUGGAUGAUGUGUAUGUUGGGAAGUCAACAUGGAAAUCAGUUUUUUCACCUGGAAAUUUCUUUCAGCGCUACAAACACUACAUUGUGCUGAGCGCAUUUUCAGAUAGCGGAGAGCACCAGCUAGAGUGGGAAGGACUUGUUGAGUCAAAGAUUCGUAUUUUAAUUUUUAACUUGGAAAGAAAUCAAUUUGUAAAAUUAGCUCAUGUGAAUCCAAAGUCGUAUGGACCGCUGACGAAAUUAGAGAAUGAACAUGUAUUACGGUGGUUCAUCGGACUUGAAUUUCAAAAGCCAGAAGGGACUGAAAAUGUCAAUGUUGACAUAACGGCAGAGAUUCAAUAUUUCACCAGUACAGUUCAUAAACAAGCAGUUCAAAUCGGUGUAUUUCGAGAAGGGAUGAAGAUUGAGGCUAGUCAUGUUCGGAAAAAACAACUGAACCAGUAUCUUCCAAAUUCGGUAUUAAGAAUAAAAAAGAAAAGCUCUGUUGGUCAGAUGGAUGGAAGGCCGAGAGCAUUAAGCACGACUGAUAGUAUCCCAGAUAAAACGGAAGUAAAAGAGGAGCUUGAUGUUAAGCCCGAAGUCAUAGAAGCAGUGUCUGUUGAGGAAACUAAUACACCAAUAACUAAUUCUUGCCCAUCCAGUACUGAUGAGAAGGAGGAGGAAAGUUUACCGUCCAGUCAACCGGGACGGCGUGGUCAGAAAAGAUUGAGUUCGCCAAUUAACGGAGAAGAAAGUCCCUUAAAAAAGAUUAAAGAGGAAACUAAUAACGGCAUGGACCAUGUAAAUGGGAUUCCAACAGACGAAUUAAUCGACAUGCCGCAAGAAACGCCGAUGCAAACAAACAACGUUAUCAAAGGGUCGAUAAAGUUGACGUUGAGCAAAACAUGAUGUUGGUUUUGUUAUUAUUGCAAUUCGGUAAAAAUUUAAACAGGAAUAUUCGUGGUGAAGGUUAUAAAACAGGUCUCCAUCUAUAGUUUCUAAUUUUGUUUACCUUUAAAUAUUACCUUGCUUCAGGAACAUUCGUCCAUAGCGCCCCACACUGAAAGUUCUUUUAAUUUUGGUUUAACCUGUGCAUGAUCGCAUUUACAAUUGCAAGCUUCGUUAGCGCGAGUCGAUUUCAUCAGUCCCGUAUUGUGUUUUCAUAUUGUGCUAAAUAGAUUGAAUCUUUCGCGCCGUUUUACACUCUCCUGCAUUGUGUUUGUUUAUAGUGAUAUCUUUUUUUUUUAUUCAACAUUAUGGCUUGUAUCUAACCACCACAAGUCUGUAUUUUGUGGUCUGUUUUGACUGUCUGUUAUUUUUUGUUUUUGGCUUUGUGAUGUUUAUUUUAGUUUAAAAAUCUCGUAUCAUUUCCUUUUCUUAUAAACUUUCUGAUACACGCUUUUUUAUAAGCAACAUCUUUAAUCAACAUAAAGCUGAAAUCGUUCAAGAACGAAACAACCUGUAGAUAUAUAAAAAAAGGAGAAACAACAGGAAUAAAUUUCCUUAAACUUUCCUUAAGCUGAAAGUCAUGCAAUUUUCAAAAAUAACAACAACUGUGAUUAAAAAAAUUACUUUAGUUUGGCGUACCAGGCUAACAGCAAAGCCGUGAAUCCUGUCUUUCUGAGAAAAUAUUUAACAAGCAAGUCAACAAGUGACAACAACCCAGCGUGUUGCUUAUAAAAAAACCGUGUCGUUAAAUUAGCUGCAGCAGAUUUUUUAUGGUAUAAUAUUUAACGCUUCUGGUUACUAUAACAUAUAUUAUGUAUUCUUAGUGAUAUUGUAAACCGUAAAAAAAAUUUAAAAGUUAUUCGAACAGCUUGAAAGGUAGAAGCUAGUCGGACAGAACAAUAGAGCGCUAGUGAAGUGCAUAAUUUUUUUUGUCCUCUUGUCCGUCGACAUUACAAUGUCGCCUGGAGCCGCCUGUAUUUUAUCUGUCAUAUUUAUUUUGAGUGCCUUAUUUGUUUAGAUCCAGUUUUUAAACAUAAAUACUAAAAAGAGGCAUUGUAUAAAUUGUUUGAGAAGAAGAUAUUUUUAAAUCGUUUAAAA